AUGAAGUGCUUAGCUUGGAAUGUUAGAGGCAUGAAUGCCUCUACUAAAAGAAUGGAGAUAAAGAAGGUGUGUAAAGACCAUGAGGUUAAACUGGUAGGGCUUUUCGAAACCAAGGUUAAGUUGGAUAAUUGUGCUUCUAUUUUUGAUAGUUUUUUGACGGGUUGGAAGUAUUUGCAUAAUGGAGAUCUUGAUAACUCUAUUCGGAUCUGGCUAGGUUGGGACCCGAAUUUUUAUGAUGUGGUUUUGGUGCAAAAAUCCAAACAGUUCAUACAUGCUAAGGUGUCAAUUGUGGGUACCUCGGUGUUUUUCUUUUGUACUGUUGUUUAUGCUCUUAAUUCUGUGGUGGCUAGGAAGGAAUUGUGGGAGGAUGUUGGGGCUAUUGCUAGUGCCAUUAUUAACCCUUGGGCUGUACUAGGGGAUUUUAAUGUGAUUCGAAGUAACAAUGAAAAAAUUGGAGGGGACCCUGUUCGGAUUGAAGCUAUGGAUGAUUUUAAUUCGUUUCUAGAUGGUGCUGGGCUUCUAGACUUGAAAUGGAAAGGGGAGGCUUUGACCUGGAAUAAUAGACAAGUGGGAGAUGCAAGAAUUUGUUGCAAGCUUGAUAGGGUUCUGGUCAAUUUAGCUUGGAUGGAUGUGUUUAGAUCCUCUGAUGCAAUCUUUUACCCUCCUGGGCUUUCUGAUCAUUCUCCAAUGGUGGUGGCUGUGGUGGAUAAAGCAGAUUUUGUCCCAAAACCUUUCAGAUUUUUUGAGGCUUGGAUUGGUAGAGAUGGCUAUGAUGAGGUGGUUCGGCAGGGGUGGGAGCAGCCUGUGAAUUUGGCUCUUAAUCCCAUUCUUAAGUUUGCGGCCAGAUUGAGGAAUGUCAAAAAAGGGUUGAGGAGCUGGAAUAAGGAGUGUGUGGGGGAUGUUUUUCUUGCAGUAAAGGAGGCUGAGGCUGAUUUGUUUCUGAUCCAGAGGCAGCUUAGUGAGCACCCUGAUGAACCGAAUUUGGUGCUGAUGGAGAAACAGGCUAAAAAGAAACUUUGGGAGGCUUUGGAGAGAAAUUUUUGA